GAGUAAUUUUACGGCAGUGUUACGUCAGCGGCGUCCUUUCACUUUACGGCAAGGCAGCAUGUGGAGGUCAGAAAUACGGAAUCGCUCGGUCAGAGUCUGAAAACCGUGUAAUUAUCAAACAUCAGCACUUGACAACUCAGCGCAGUAACAUCUGUGUAGGAUUUUCAACAGACGGUAUACAACACAACACAACACUGUCGAUAAAGCAAAUCGUUUGGUGUCGUUAACGUCCAUCAUUUUGACGCGGGUCGGUAAAGAAGUCUGAUCAUCGAGUCUGUUUUCUCUGUAUCAUCUCUGAAGACAUGGAUAAUAACACACCGGCAUCAGGAGGAUUUAAAGGGGGACUCGGGAGCCUUUUCGGUGGAGGAACCCCUGAGUAUUCAAAUACUGAGCUCGCAGGUGUACCAUUGACUGGUAUGAGCCCUCUCUCACCCUACCUCAAUGUUGACCCUCGUUACCUUGUACAGGACACAGAGGAGUUUAUCUUGCCAACCGGGGCAAAUAAAACCCGUGGUCGCUUUGAGCUGGCCUUCUUCACCAUCGGGGGAUGCUGUAUAACAGGCACUGCUUUUGGGACACUUAAUGGUCUCCGUAUGGGCCUGACAGAAACUAGAGGCAUGCCGUGGUCAAAACCCAGAAACGUACAAAUUUUGAACAUGGUCACAAGACAUGGCGCGUCAUGGGCGAACACACUAGGAUCUGUGGCUCUUUUGUAUAGUGUGUUUGGUGUGGCUAUUGAGAAGGCCAGGGGCGCAGAGGAUGAUCUCAACACAGUGGCAGCUGGAACAUUAACAGGGAUGCUUUUUAAAUCCACAGCUGGACUCAAAGGAGCUGCCAGAGGAGGUCUCAUUGGUUUAGCCAUGUCAGGGCUGUAUGCUCUUUACAACAACUGGGAUCACCUGAAGGGGACAUCGCCUUCACAUUACUGAGGAUGACUUGAGAGCUCAAACCAUGGACUUAUUUUGAUUUUGAAUUGCACCCAUUUCUUCUUUAUGAAACCCAUGGACCAUCACACGUGUACAGACUUCUUAAGAGUUACAUUAAAUUUAAUAUUUAAAUGGAAGAGCCAGACUGCCUUCAGGUGUGGUCGCUGGUAACAUCUCAGUCAUUCAUGUACAUGUCUUUGUUGGUGUAAGUUACAGGAACUCUGUAUCCUUUAAUCAUGAGGUUUUUCCUGAUCUCGUUGUGGAUUGAUGCAUUUUGUCAGUGCUGACUAAACUGGCUACAUCCUCUCUGAAACCAUCGAUGAUAAAAUACAAGUUUCCACUG